AUGGAUUUUACACAAGAAAAAAUUGAACAUGAUAAAAAUCCAGCUUAUUUCAAUGAAACAAAUAAAGUAGAACAAAAUUCAAUUGGAAUAUUAAAAGAUUACACGCACAACACCCAUGGUUUAUAUUAUCGAUUAAACGCCGGAGAAAUAAAAAAUGUAUCAAGAACUAAAUACAGUAACUCUUCUUUGGUUAAUUAUCCUUUCUCAACAACAACAGACCCUUCAUUUACUGUUUAUGAUAUAUUAUAUGAUGAGAACAUUUCCGUAACAGACGGAGUUUCAACAACAGAAACAUUCUUUACCAGCACUGAGUUAGAUAAUGUUACUGAAAUCACUUUGUUUGAAAAUACUUCUACGACUACUAAGCCUGAAAUUAUUAAAAAGAAAACAAGAAACAUUGACAUAUGUUAUUGUAAUUUUAUGUAUAAACAAUGUGAUAUUAAUUGUUGCUGUGAUGAUGAUUGUUCAGAAGAAGAAAAAAAAUUAUUUGAGAAAUGCAAAACUCCUUUGUCUCCAAAAGUUAGAAACCAAUGGCCACAAAAUUUAUUAAUAUGUAGUGAAAAUGACGCCAGUGGAAUACUCGGAAAUUUAUUUUGCAUUGCUAAAACAAACCUACCAGACAAGAGAGCUGCGGUUCCACAAAAGUAUGCGCAUUUAGUCGUCAACAAUGUUAAAAAUACAUACAUAUUACUUACAAUAAAAACAUUCAAUCGCAAAAACAUUACGAAAUCUAAACCGGGCCUAGAAUGCAAUCGCUGCGAAAAACUAGUUCAUCUUAACAAUCAAUGCACUGGACUUACCAAUAAGCAACUGGCUGCACUGAAGGCUUCCGAAAACCUAGAGUGGAAUUGUCAAGACUGCCAAGAAAAGACACCCCGACGUAGCUCAAUAGUGAUUCCUAAUGAUGACGAAGACGACGAACAUUACUCUGAGUCUCCCACUAUACAGAUCGACGUUAAAAAACUGCUGGGUGAUAUAUCUAAAGAGGUAGAAAGAGCCAUAAAAAAGGAAAUGAAAGACCUCACUCAAUCACUCCAAUUUCAAUCAGAUAAAAUGGACGAACUGCUUAAAAACAUAGAAAUUAUGCAAGACAAUAUUUCUAAUCUACAAAAGAAAAACACAGAACUUACCAAUAAAAAUAAUAACCUAGAAACGCGGGUAGGUGCGCUAGAACAGCGCAUUCAAGAAAUAGAACAACAAAGGCUACAUAAAAACAUUGAAAUCCACAAUAUCCCGUACAUUGAAAACGAGAACCUACCAGAAAUUGUAGGUAAAGUGGCAAUAAGGCUUAAUCAAAAUGCAUGCAAUGUUAAGCAAAUGAAACGACUGCCCAGUAAAAAUGAUCGACCAGGACCGGUCAUGAUUGAACUGAAUAGUGAGCAAACACAAUUAGCAUGGCUAGCUGCUUCGAAAUCGAUAAGCCCCAGAAUUACAGCUCAAGAAAUAUGCUCACACAACCACUCUUUAAAUGUAAAUACAGCAGUAUUCAUAUGCGAAGCCCUAACGCAAUACAACAAGCAACUACUGUACUAUGCCAAACAGGAGCUUAAGAACUCAUUUCGGUACAUAUGGAUUAAGAAAGGUGUUCUGCGUGUACGCCGGGCAGGAGAAAGCCAGAAACCAAUUAUAAUACGUUCAGCGGAUGAUGUAAAAGAGUUAAGCUGA